AUGACAAUGGCCUCAGACACGCUGAUCCCAGACGUCGCAGACGCGGUGUCGGAGCUGUGCCACGACUCCUUCCUGAAGCAGCACAACCGCAUGAUCGAGGGCGCCGUGCUCACUUCCAGGGGCGAGCGGAACCUGAAGUGCGCCGUCACCUUCCAGACGGACUCCAUCCUCCAGAGGUUCAUGCUGAGGUUCGAGCGCCUCCAGCUGGACUGCAACGACCACCUGUUCAUCUACGACGGGGCCUAUGCUAUGGGCACCUACAAGGCUGACCUCUCCUGUCGAAACACCUUGGCCAACGUAGGCACUAUAUACACCCAGACGAACCACGUGACUCUGCGCUACGUCACCGACCAAUGGGGACCCAAGGAGAACGGAUUCAAGCUGCUUAUAACGGCCUUCAAGGAUAAAAAGCACACCUGCCUCCACUUCCGGUGCGAAACUACAAACUUCUGCGUGGAUCGAGAACUGACGUGUGACGGAGUGAACCAUUGCGGAGACGGCUCGGAUGAGUCCACCUCACUCGCCCUCUGCCCUUCGACGUCCUUGGGAGAGAUCCUCGGCAUCUCGGGGGCGCUCCUGGUCACCAUCAUCGCCUCCGCCGCCUUCCUCUGCUGCGCGUGCGGGGUCACCAUCGUCGUGUGGGUCUACAGGGGAACCGCGCCCUGCAGAGACCCCCGCCGCCGCAGACGCAGCCAGCUUAUCCGGUGGAGAUCGGCGGCAACUUCGGGACGAACGGGACCUUCAGCAGCCUCCUCGUCGAGAAGCCCCCGCCCUACCCCGGGGCGCCUCAGCAUACCUCCGUCAUCCCACCUGUUUAUUCAGUAAUGCCUCAGUUCCCAAACGGUCAAAAAAGGUA